AUGACUGACACGAACAUUUCCCCGAUCAGUGAGACAUCAACGCAGGGGGAUGAUGUGUACCAGGAUGUGGCCAGGGCGUCUAAUCUCUUGACAGGAUUUUCGCAGCUGUACAAGAACAAACAGUUUGUAGAUGUCACCCUGCGGGUGGAAGAGACCGACUUUCCCUGUCACAAAAAUGUGCUUGCGGCCUCUAGUCCCUACUUCCUGGUGAUGUUCUCCACAAGCCUGGUGGAGAGCCAGCUGGACUGUAUCACCCUACAGGACAUGGAGGCCCGCACCCUUGAGCUUGUGCUGGAUUAUAUCUACACGGGCCAGGUAAACCUGACUGAGGACACAGUCCAGAAUCUUCUGUCUGCGGCCAAUCUGUUCCAGCUGAUCCCCCUGCGUGACGGAUGUGCAGAGUUCAUGAUGAACCACGUGACAGUGGCCAACUGUAUCGGGGUGUUCUUCUUCGCCAAGGCUCACCAGUGCAAUGUGCUGGCACUGAAGGCAAAGGAAAUUAUCAACAACAAGUUCUUGUUGCUGUGUAAGCAGCAGGAGUUUCUGAGUCUGCCGGUGGACAAGCUGGUGGAGAUUGUCAGCGAUGACGACCUGAACGUCACCAUGGAGGAAAUUGUUUACGAAGCUUGCAUGGCUUGGGUGGAAGAAGACCAGGACAGUCGCAAGCAGAGUUUAGCUGAGGUGAUGAGAUGUGUCAGGUUUGCCAACAUUAGCUCCUAUUACUUCUGUGAUAAAAUCAAGACCAACCUGCUGCUGCGGGACAACCCAGAGAUUGUGGCCUUGCUCAACACCAUUACGUGCUACCAUAUGCUCAAGAAUCGGCAGCAUGAGAUGGAUGUGAAGCUGAUGCCUCGUCGAGGAAUGGUGUACGAGAGGGGUGUCAUGAUAAUUGCCAACCCAUACACGGAGGAUGUGCUCAAGAAGUACAGCAGUAUGGAGAUGCUGCUGCCCAAGACGGGAGAGGUGAUGCACAUCUGUAAGCUUCCGCAGAGCUUGUACACACCAGGUGUUGCGUCUGCCGGAGACAAUCUCAUCUACCUGGGAGGUGGUGCUGUCCGUAAGAUCAACUACCGAGGCUCCAUCAUGACCGAGGGAGUAUCCCACAAUUUCUACGUGUUUGACCAGACGGAGGCAUCCUGGAAAGUCAAAGCUCGGAUGCAGACGCCCAGAUCCCAAUUCUCACUUGUGAUUGUGGACGGGUAUGUGUAUGCUGUUGGAGGACAUGAUGGAGCCGAUAUCCUGGCCUCGGUAGAGCGCUACGAUCCUCACAUUAACACCUGGACAGUUGUUCAUGCCCUACCUAAGCCCCUUCGGUUCAUGACCUGUGUCUCGUACAAGGGCAGAUUGUACGUUUUCGGCGGAGAAACAAAAACAGAUAUCAGCAACCAGGCUUGGCAAUAUGAUCCACAGUCCGAUUGUUGGCUGGAACUUCCUCCAAUGAAAACCCCUCGGGUUCUGGCUGGCAGUGUUGUCUUCAAAGACAAGAUUUACAUUAUAGGUGGAAAUGCUGCUCUCAGUGACAAGUGGAGGAAGGAGUACCUCCCGGAGCACUGUGUGACGUCCGUGGAGGUGUUUGAUCCUGAAGCCUCUGUGUGGUCUGUGGGACCCUCGCUGGCUAAUGCCCUUUGUGGAGCUGGAGUGGUAAAGUAUGGAGAAACAAUUCUGGUUGUUGGUGGCGAGGAUGACAAGAGCUGGAUGGCUGGCAUCUGCUGGCUCAAGCAAGAAGGAGACAGGGAGACGUGGGUCUGGUCGGAAGGUCAAGAGUUGCCGACAGUCAUGUCCACUUUUGGCUGUGUGGUGGCCAACAUUCCUCAUGAAGUCUUGAAACAUCAGCAGUAA